AUACCGAAUUUGUGAACAAUGCAGUUGUAUUUCGAUUUUUAGAGUGUUUAUUUCCAUGUUCGUACUUUUAAUUAAAUGGUAGUAACGUGGAGAUUAUUCAUACAGACAAUUUAGGAAUUACAGUGAAAUGACAGUGGAUUGUUAUCUUUAUUAUCGAUAAAAUUCAUUCAGGAUUUGUGAAUUUUUAGUGUGAUAAAUUGCAAAAAUGUCCAAGAACACGCUUUUGAGAAACAGAUUUAACGAAAAAGCACCGCCUAGAAUCUUCACAGAAAGCAAGUAUGAAAAGUCAAAAUUCCAUCGUCCUAUGCCCUACGUCCACUUCUUAGGUCUCCUAUGUUUAAUUCUUAUAGUAUUUUCAUUAGUAAUAUUUAUCGAAAAACAACUACCAUUAGCGUUAAAAAUAGAAGAUGAACACAAACACACAGACACUUUUAUAGCAGAAAGGGCGUACAACGUUUUAAAAAAUUUAACAAAAAUCGGCCCUCGGAUUGCGGGCAGUUACGAAAACGAAGUUCUGGCAGUCAAUGUGUUAAAACAUGAAAUUGACAGUAUCAUACAGAAUGCCAACGAAAAUCAUGUGAUAGAAUUAGACAUUCAGAAGGCAUCCGGCGCUUUUAACUUGGAAUUUCUCGAUGGAAUGACUAAUGUUUACCAGGACGUACAAAAUGUUGUUGUUAAGAUUGGAUCUAAGAUUAAUUCGCCGCAUAGUUUGCUUAUUAACUGCCAUUUUGAUUCUGUCUUCGACAGUCCAGGCGCUAGCGACGAUGGGGCAAGUUGUGCCGUUAUGUUAGAAAUAUUAAGAGUUCUUUCGAAAUCGACGAAAAUUUUGAGGCAUAACAUCAUAUUCUUAUUUAAUGGCGGAGAAGAAAAUUUCAUGCCUGCUUCGCACGGUUUUAUCACCCAACAUAAAUGGGCAAAAGAGGUGCGUGCCUUUAUAAACUUGGAAGCAUGCGGAGCUGGAGGAAGAGAAGUGUUAUUCCAGGCUGGUCCCAAUCAUCCCUGGAUCUUGGAAACUUACUCCGAGGAAGUGCCUUACCCCUAUGCUUCUUCCUUAGCGCAAGAAAUUUUCCAAAGUGGCAUAAUACCUGGAGAUACUGAUUACAGGAUCUUCAGGGAUUUUGGAAACCUCUCAGGUUUGGAUUUCGCAUGGUCAGCGAAUGGAUAUGUCUACCACACUAAAUUCGACUCGGUAGAAUACGUCCCGCUUGGUUCUCUCCAGAGAACCGGUGACAACAUCCUAGCCUUAGCCAAAGGCAUGGCCCAGGGUCACCAACUCUCUGACGUUAAGAAAUACCGAGCGGGAAAUCUUGUAUUCUUCGAUUUCUUAGGAGCGUUUGUUAUAAGAUGGCCUAUGCUAGUCGCUGACAUAGUUAAUAUAUCGUCUGUGAUAUUUUCGUUAUAUUCAAUUUACGGCAACUUUAGAAGUGCUGAAGUUACCGACGGUUUAAAGAGAAAAAAAUACACCAAAAAGCUUGUAGGCUGUAUGUUAGCAGUUUUUCUUUCUUGGAUAAUAUCCGUGAUAAGUACAUUAGGAGUCGCCGCCCUAAUCAAUUGCUUAGGUCGUACCAUGAGUUGGUACGCCCGCCCUUUAUGGAUUUUCUUUUUGUACGUGAUACCCACUCUAGUCAUUUCCAUGGCAACAGUAUUAUAUCAUGCCAAAGUGUACAAUAAGGACAUUGAGAUGUCGCCUUGGACAGUGUUUCAAUUAUAUUAUGACGCAUAUCAGUUACUAUGGACUCUAGUGCUAUUGCUAGGUGUAGCAAUUAGGUUGCGUUCCAGUUUUAUAGCUCUAUUAUGGGUAUUUUCAGCAACUUUAGGAAACAUAUUUAAGUCUUUGUUGUUUACUAGAUGGAGAGGCUCAAAAUGGCUCCUCCUCCACAUCUCUGUAUUCGGCCUUCCGUUCGUGCAAUGCUUCUAUCUUAUCAUCGGAGCCCUGUAUCUGUUUAUACCAAUAACUGGUAGAUCCGGAUCAGGAAGUCACGCGGAAUUCGCAAUUGCGGUCCUAGUAACAUCUAUGUUCGCUAAUUUAUUCACUUUCGUAGUGCCAUUGGGGAUAUUGGUGAGAGGUAUCGAAAGGAUCUUCAGUCUGUUGACCGGAUUAUUCCUGUUAUCGUUGGCCUUAUUGAUACUUACGCCUUUAGGAUUCCCGUACUCUGGAGAACCGGGGGCUUUAGCCCCGCAAAGGUUUAUGAUUGCGAACACCCACAGAACAUUCCACGAUGUAACAGGAAAAAUCCAAAACGAGUCCACGGGCUAUUGGAUCGCCGAUAUGGACGUUAACAGUCCACAUACGGUUGACCGACACGUUCGUGAAAUGCAAAAUGCAGAAUUGGUUACCAAAGACUGCGAAAACUAUUUGUAUUGCGGACUACCGUACCUUGUACCUGUGCUAACGAUGAUAUGGAAAACCCAUUGGCUGCCUGGACCUCCACCUGUGCUUCUUAAACCCGUCAGUAUGAAUAUUUUAAAUAGAACAAAGACUGGCGUCGGCGAAAAAGUUACUAUCAGAGUUGAUGGUCCUACACAUAUUGGAGUGAUGAUUUCUCCAGUACUCGGAGUCGAAAUUACCGAUUGGAGUAUACCCACGCAAGAACCUUUGGCCGGUCCUCUUUGGAACGGUAGAAAAACCUACUUCAUCUAUUAUGCCUACGGUCUGGAACCUGUGCCAAUAACAGUUACCAUAGAUUUUAAGGUACCAAGUGAACACAAAGGACCUAUAAUGGACCUGGCGGUGACAUCCCACUACCUUUUCGGUCCGGGGAAAGCUACGAAGGAAUUCAAAAAGUUCAUCAACGAAUUUCCAUCAUGGACGGCUAUAAAUUACUGGACGGCCUCGUACGAGUCGUGGAUCAUUUAGAAAAUAUAUAUAAUUUAACAAUUAAUAAUGAAAUUUUAAUGGAAGUCAUUAAUUUAAUAUAUACGGGGAUAUUGAAGAGGUUAUACGAGGUGUGGCUGUAAAAUAAUGAAACUCACGCUGAAUUGGAAGUCUUUCUGAAAACUUUUUCAUUGUAGCUAUAUGUUUUACCCUUUGUGCAACGUCGACGAUUCGUCGAUUAUUAUUGGGGUUAAGACAAAUUUGACUUUAAUGGAAAACAAAAAUUACAUGGUGCAAGGACAGGAAAGAAGUUUUUGCAGAUUUCUCGGUUGUGAUAUUUGUUGUACAAUUUUUCCACUAAUUGCAAUCUUUCCUCGACAAUUUUGAAGCAUGCGCAGUUCUUUUGUGUAAGUUUUGAUAUCUUUAUUUUACAGCCACACCUUGCAGCUAAACCUACUGAAAGCCUACUAAAGAGCAAUUAUCAAUUUAAUUGUGCUUUAUUUCAAUAUUUCAACAACUUUAAACAUGGGGCCGAGAGAUGCUCAGAUAAACUAAGAUUUGCGUCGAUUCAGUCGGUUUGGCGUUGGUUAUAUUGCUCUGUGACCCCCUAGUACCUUCUACUUAAUUUUUUUAUACAAAAUUACUAUUCUAAUAGUUAAAAUUAACAUUUAAAAUAUGCUUGUUUUGAAGCAUAACUGUUUACUUUUUAAAACAUCUCGAAACGAGAUAUUCGGUUGAUUAGAGUAAAUUCGGGUUGUUUUUAGCUUAAAUAAACUUUUACCUGUUAUUCCAAGGCUCAGUCUGAUAGUAUAUACUUAGAUUUAAGUAUACGAAGAGUUUUUAAAGAUAUUUCAGACUUUUGUAUAUAUUAAGUGAUUCAUUAGCGUUCCUAUGUUAUAUAAUUUUUAUUUUAUUGCGCUUGUUAAACUUUUAGAAAGUCUGCAAAUAAACAACAACGCUGCAAGUUUUUGUACAGGUGUCUUCCCUUUUAUUGGCUUAAACCUACGUAAAAAGAUGUUUUGUGUAGAACUACUAAUUUUUUUCCACAAUUGGCUUUGUCUUUUUCUAUUGUACUUGUAUAACCACCGUCGUAUAUGAUUUCAAUGUUGUAUCAAAUUAGGCAACCAGUAAUUCUUUUUGCUGCUGUGAACAAAUAGAACAACAAAUAGCGAUGUAUGCAACCAGUACUGCAGAUCAGUGUUUUGAAGAAAUAUGGAACAAAAAAUGUUAAUUUUGACAAAAUAGACAUAUUGCCACAUUUUUCAUGCACAAAUUUUAUCAAAAUCAAGCGUUUUUGUUUAUUUAUUGUCGAACUACAUUCAGCAAUUUCAAAUUUCCAGAUUGAUAAUAGUCUUGGCGUUUUAAAAUAUUCUGCGAUAAAUUCUACUGUUUUUACUUUUAGACAUUUUUAACUCUUCAUCUUUAAAUGUUAUUUUAGCCGUAAUUUUAGUUUUUCUAAAUUAAAAAUUACUUUAUUGACGUGCCAUAUCGUGUAUGCGCAAUAAUGUCCAGUCCAUUCGCUCACGUGAGUCUAAAGUGAAUUUAAAAGACAAAAAGAUAAAUCCUAGGGUUGUGCAAGGAUUUAACCAAAAAAUGGAGAAAUAAUACCAAAAAUAAUUCUCUUCUUCUUUGAGUGCCUCUCCUAUUGGAUAUCAUUAGGGCGAUUCUAAUUUUAUUUACUGCCGUUUUGAAUAAUUCGUUAGUGGUACAGCCAAACCACUCUCUUAAAUUUGUCAUCCAGGACAUUCUUCUACGACCUGGAUUUCUGAGUCCUUGGAUUUUUCCCUGCGUCCAAAAACAGAUAGAAAUGUAUAAAAGAAAUUAAGCUACUAAUGACAGGAGACCAAGGAACACAAGCAUACAAGGAGGAAAAGGAGAGAAGCAAUGAAGCUAAUGUUAACUGAUAGCAAAGCAUGUGCAAAAGGCAGAAAAUUAAAUGAGGACAAAACAAAAAAUAUACACACAAAAUGAUCAAAUUAUGGUAGAAAUAAAGCGACUAUAAAUGACUAAAACGGAACAAAAAUAGGCGAUAGAAAGAUGGAUAUAAGUGUAGAAGGAUAUGUUACAAGUUACACAAAAGUAAGGAAACUAGACGUAAAAUGAAGAAAACUACAGAUCAGCUGAAGCUAACGAUAAGGAUAAAAAGACUAAAAAGUAGACACAAAAAAAGAAAAGUGUGGAAGAACUCAAGCCAAUAAAUGAGAUAGAAGUGACAGGAAACCGUUGUGAAGUAAGCGAAUGACUUAGGCGAAUGAAUGACACCGAAUGAAUGAAAUAUAAAAAUAGGCUCAAAAAAUGGAAAGAUAAGGAAUAGUUGGCAAUAAUUUUAUAUGGAACGAAACCGUGCAAAAUAGGCAGAAAAAGAUAUACGUGACAGGAAAGUCUUAAAAAUAGGGGAAAAAAGUGAAAAAAUCAGUAAAUUGGAAGAAAAUAGUAUUGUAAGUUAUUGGAAAAUUUACUGAAAAUGAUGGAAAAUAUGAAAAAAAAAAUGAAGGGAUACAUAGAAGUCAAUAAAAAAUAGGCUGAAAUAAGUAUACAAUAUGGAAGCAAAUAGUCGAAGAAAUGGAACUUGUAGAAGAAAUGAGUAAGUAGCAAAUGAGAGAAAUAGAAAAUAGGCUCAAAUAUGGGGAAAAUAAGGAAGAAAUAAAGUUAAUAACACUAUUAAAGUACGGGAAAUAAGCGGAAAAUAAAGAAAUGUAUGACAUAAUUAUCACUAGUCACAAGUGACAGAAAUACAUAGAAGAAAUAUAAUUAAGGUUAGCAUGAAAAGUAGCCGAAAAAGGAGAAAAGUAUCAAAAAAGACGCGAUAGAGAAAUAAGAGAAAUAAAAAUGGAAAUAUAAUAAAAUAGACAAUUGGCCAAAAUUGGGAGAUGAUAAAACCGACAUAAGAGUUAAAGACCAAAACUAUGUAGAAGAAAUGAGGAGAAUGGCAAGUGAUAGUAAAAUAUGGAAAAUUAAUAUAACAUUGAGGAAAAGUGAAUCUGAAUAAAGCUAAUUGAAUGACAGCCGUGGAAUGAUAAGUACAACCAUAGAAAAUAGACAGAAAAAAAGAGAGAGAAAAAAUAAGUAAUGACAAUUGAAGUGUAUACUUGGAAAACGUGAAGUUUAGGACAAAAGUAAGGAGGAAAUAAACUUAAUGACAAUUAAUAGGAAAGAAUGGAAAAAUAGGCGGCAAAAAGGAAAAAAAAUAUGGAAACAAAUCGAAGACAUGGAAAUGGAAUGAAAUAGACAAUUGACCGAAAUCAGGAGACGACAAAGAAGAAAAUAGGCACUUAAAAGAAAAUUGUGUGAAAAAAUGAGAAAAAUUACGUUACAGAAAACUAGCGUAAAUGUGCUUACAAUGCAGGAAAAAUGAACAUGAAAAAAUCUAAUUAAAUGACAGCCUUGCUGUCAUAAGUGAAUGAUAACUGCAGAAAGUAGGCCUAAUGGAAUGCAUGGAAAUCGUGAAGUUUAGGACGAAAAAGUAUGGAAGAAAUACAGUUAACGACAAUUAAUAGCUAAGCAUGGGAAAAUACGGAAACAAAUAUGGAAGAAAUGAAGCCAGAACAAAACCAGACGAAAACUAAUGGCCGAUUGACGGAAGAAUUGCAGAAGAAAUUCUAUUAAUGACUUCUUCUUCUUCUUAACGUGCCCCAUCCCUAAGAACAUUGGCGAUCAUCAUGGCCC